UUCGCGCGGUUUUCGCAAAAACAAGCACUGAAAAGCUUUGCGGGAAAGCAUUCACUACCAUAGCGAUUGCGCUCAGUCGUGCGGUUAUCAUCUGCUGCGCUUUCUGUCAAGCUAAUGGUUAGCAGCGAGAAGUUUCUUCAGCUUCUGAAGCCGUAACGGGACAGGUCGUUUGCUCAAAAGAACGAAGAAAGUGGAGCGCAUUUCAUGAGUAUAACCAGUGCUUUCACUACGUUAAUGUCGAUGUGAACAUUUUGGCUAGCAAGACCAGCGCAUUUUUGGAACAUGAGGUGCUGGAGUAGUCUUCUACAGAUCGUCUGGAUUUCGUCACUGCUUGUCGUGAGCCUUAGUUUGGACAACAAAAGCUCAUCAGAUGCUUCACACGAAUGGUCCACUCAUUCAACGCCAAGCUCUGAUGAAGACACAUUAUCGAAAUCGCAUGGCUGGAAAAACUACAAAGGAAAUGGGGAUUCAUCUGAAGCAGCGCUGAAUGGCUCCAGUUUAUUGGUCCCUGCCAAUCAAGUGGUGGUGGGUGACACUGGGCGCACGUGCGUCUACGGAAUACUGCAGCAGUGUCUUAAGAACGAGGAAUGCGUCACGUCGGGUCAGCGGCGCCGCACUGGCACGUGCCGCUGUCGGCAGGGCUUCACCAGGGAUCCAGUUUCGGGGUCCUGCACAGAACCCCAGAACGCCUCCCUUAGCAACCAGGCUGUUCCGACUACACCGCCGUUAUCAUCGUCCACAGCAAAAGCUGCAGCUGCCGUCUCGCCGACCACGACGACGCCCUAUCCUCUGAUUGUGUCAGCUGGAGAGAACAAGGAACUUCACCUUCCUGAGAAUGAAGUGGUUCUCUCGGCAUAUGCUCUCAAGGCAGGUGGAGAUGUGAACCAGUUUCGGUAUCAGUGGACACUGGUGUCACACCCCGAUGGCGAGGAGACUGGGGUCAUGCAGGACCAGAAUACCCAGGCAUUGAAGCUGUCCCACCUGCGGGAGGGACUUUACACAUUUCGUGUUGCAGUGACAGGAAACAACUCCUAUGGUGAAGCCACAACCAAUGUGACAGUUCUGCCACCAAAACGCAUCAACAAACCUCCUGUCGCCAUCAUUCAGCCGGACAAUGUUACUGUCAAGCUUCCCAGCAAGGACACUGUCUUGGAUGGCUCCUUCAGCACAGAUGACGACAAAAUAGUGCAGUACCACUGGGAACCCGUGACUAUUCCGAUCGGCUACAGUCCCAAGCUGAACGAUACGCCAACAGUCCAGCUGAAAGACCUCAUUCCCGGAUUUACCAGUUCAUGUAUGCACCUGCUCAAGGUGACAGACUCUGAUGGUGUCACAAAUACUACCAGUGCAAAUGUGACUGUGCUAAAAGAGAUGGACUACCCGCCAACGGCCAAUGCUGGACCCCAGUCUGUUGUCUACAUGCCCAAUAAUGAAGUGACGUUGAAUGGCAACCUGAGCACUGACGACAAGGGCAUCAAGAGCUGGGAAUGGACAAAAAGCCCGGACACGGACAAGCACGUUGACAUGGAGGGAACCACCAGCCCAUACCUGCACCUGUCAAACAUGGAAGUGGGCGUGUACAAGUUCCUUCUGAAGGUCACCGACACGGCCGAUCAGGCUGCAACAGCCGAGGUGCACGUGUUUGUCAAGCCAGCUUCCAACCAGGCCCCAACGGCCGAUGCCGGCAAGGACUUACGUGUCGCGCUGCCCAUCGACAAGCCUCUCGUGCUGGAUGGUAGUCACAGCUCGGACGACGUGGGCAUCACAUCGUGGCAUUGGAGCCAGAUUCAGGGCCCCAAGCCAAGCAAAAUUGAAGAACCCAACAGUUCAGUGACGAAAAUCUCGAACCUUGGGCCAGGAGAGUAUGUGUUCAAGCUGGAUGUCGUGGACGCCAACAAUCUGACCAGCUCAGACAACGUCUCCAUCAUCGUUACCCAGAACAAGAAUGCUCCACCCAAGGCCGAUGCUGGUGGUGACCGUACAGUUUUUCUUCCUGUGGAUGUUGUCUCCCUUAAUGGGUCACGGUCGGCGGAUGACGUGGAGAUCAUUUCGUGGCGUUGGACACGAGACCCUUCAUCGCUGGCAGCAGGGCACAUUUUGGAGAACUCGAGCUUCUCGCCGGUUCUGCGUCUGUCGGAGUUGAUUCCGGGCCGGUACAUGUUCACGCUCACUGUGUCCGAUGCACAAGGUGCAACGGGGCAAGACACGGCGUCUCUCAUUGUGAAGCCGACUCCAAGCCUGGCACAACAGGUGGAACUGCUCUUGGAUGUCGACAUCGAGACGUUUACGCAAGAGCAGCUGGACACGGUGUUGAAGCAGCUUGAAUUGCUGCUGCACGAUGGAGAGUCACUGCGAGUACAUCUGGUGGACCUGAACUACCAACAAGACUCCCGAAGGGUCCGAAUCAUCUUUGUUGCGGAGAAGGAAAAUGCCAAGGGCUCUUGGGUUCCGUGUCGGGGUCCCCUCAUGGUUGCUCGACUGAAGCAGAGGCUACGGACCCACAGCGCACUGCUCGACUGGGAUGUCAUCUCGGUGGACACAGUUGUGUGCCAGAACGAGUGCUCUGGGCACGGCACGUGUGACAUGUACAGCAAGCGCUGUGUCUGUGAAGCUUUCUGGAUGGAGGACUUUGUUCGUGCCAGCCUAGGGGACCGUGAAAGCAACUGUGACUGGAGUGUCCUGUAUGUCAUCAUCAUUGCCUUCCUGCUGCUCAGCAUCCUGGCCACUUCCCUGUGGGGCCUGGCCUGCUUCUGUUCAAGGAUGCAAUUUCGGCGGCCAAGAAUCAAGAGGAAUUACACGCUGCUGAAGGAUUCCCGUGACAUUGAGAAGGACACCCUGGACCUCAUACCCAAAGGCAAGACAUUGACAACGAGCUUGAUGGCUUCAGAUUCGGAUUCGGACACGCUUUUCGAGACGCGCCCUCGACCAUCAGUGGCUGUCAAGCCACUGACUGGCAACCACCGCACAGGGAUGUCCAAUGGAGGCCUGAAAAACAGGGUGCAUACCUGAGAGCAGCCACUGACCACUACUGGGGUCUCCCCAUCCGACUUUCCUGGAAGGAGAAGCCAAUCCGAUCCCUCCCACCCAUUCCAGCCAAGGUGCAUGCUAGUGUGGCUCAAUGGCUACCCAUGUGGAGAGUCGGCCUCUCUCGAAACAGUCGAGCAAGGAAUGGGGCUAGUUUGUACAAAAUACGAGCAGUUGUGUUGAGUAGAAUGUAAAAAACACUGACGAAUGUUUGCACGUGAGCAAAUCAACCAAGCGAUAUAACAAAAGUGGGCUCCUUCGGUUCGUGCAUAGUCGUGUGUGUCGUGUUUUACAUUGUAUUUAGUUCAUUUUGGCUAUUAUGGUAACAAGCACUCUUGAAAAUUCAACACGUGGCAACAUAGGCGUUGGGGGGGAAAUUGCACAGCCAUUCACCUGCAACUGGCACUUCACUUUCACGACACCGUUGGUGACAAAUUGGGAGGCAACACUAAUGGCUCAUUAUACCUAAGUAAUAGUCAAGCACAAACAUUAUUGUCAUAUUCGAUACUUGUUAGAAGAGCAGAUACGAUUUAGAGCAAAUAAAUUUUCUGUUGGGCCCAUGCCAAAAUGAAAGAAAAUGCGAAGACUAUAAAAAAAAAUUGGACAGGAGCCAUCGAUGAUGAUUGUCAGUAUAAGCAAAUAGCCGAACGCUUCAAGAAAUCUAUUCGUUUUAUUAAAGGAAUGGUGCGCGUGAUGGGGUAUUUUUGUUGCAACGAAGAUAUUGUUACAUGUGGAAAGACAGACAAAAGAGACUAUUUACACGCUAUUUACACUGGAGCCAGACCGCCAGGCAGACAUUUGCUCAUGCCAAGAGCCCAGACACUUCAUUGUCUUUCUCGCGGCGGCUCGUCUCUUGAGCAUCUGUCACUGGUAUCGUAAUACUAUCCCGGGCGGCAUAAGCGCCACCACGGUGUUGUUAAAUAUCCAAGGCCCAUGGAGAGUUGUAGGGCUUGAGUCUGGUGACGUGGACAAUGUCACUGGUUGUCACAGCAGAGGACGUAAUGGGCGUGGCUAGAACAAUUUCAUAGGUGACAUCGGUCACUUGGUGGAGCACGCAAUAUGGGCCUCUGUAACAGGAGAGCAGUUUUUCACAAAGGCCAACUUUACGAGAUGGUGACCAAAGCAACACGAGGGUGCCAGGCGCAAAAUGGACAUAACGGUGACGGAGGUCGUAACGGUGCUUCUGUUUGUCUUAAGACACUUGCAGACGAGCGCGCGCAAGUUAGCAAGCAUGGUCAGCACGGGCGAUAGCAUCACAGGCAUAAUCGCUAGUUGAAGCUGUGGUGGAUGGAAGCAUAGUGUCAAUUGGUAGCGUCGGUUCUCGGUCAUACAAGAGGUAAAAAAGGGGAAGAGCCAGUAGUUUCGAGACAGGAAGAGUUGUACACAAAGGUCACAUUGUACGCGACCGCUUGAAGGCGAUUGGGCCUAAAGGGCGAUCGUCGAAGUCGAAAAACUCUCGGUAGGACGAUAAAACUGUGCAAAGGUCUUCAGCGUGCGCAGGGGACAGGUCCGCCGCCCCUGUUCUCCUUUUCUCCAGAGUGAAAGUAGUUGCCAGUGAAUAGCUGUGUUUAUUUAUUAUUAUGAUUAUUAUUAUUUUUUUCUUUUGCUUUUUCUUUUUGAACUGUACACUCUCACAGCUCUUGGGGAUCACACUAGUUUGGCUGCCUCACCUCUGUCAUUAUACAUUUGAUGUGUUCACAUGUAUUGUGUAAUACUGACGUGUGAAAAUGUGGUCACAGAUAAAACGCUCUUCUUUACAUUUAAAUUAGCCACAUUAUACUUGGCAAAUUUAUGUGCAGAGCAUAACUACCUACACAGUCGAACAUCACCAUAACAAAGUCACAUCCGACGUGAAAAUGCCUUCGUUAUAUCUGAUAUUCAUUAUAAGCAUAUGUUCAUUACACGCUAGCAUCGGCUAGAAACAUUUGAGGUUUCCUUCAUGAUAUCUGAUAAUUUGGUAUAUACGCGGACCCAGUCAACGGCUUUUUGUCCGUGCUCCAAACAUCCGAUGGAUGUUGAACAAAGCUCAAUUGAAAAUUGAAGUAAUAUGUUUGUGUUCACUAUAUCAAGGUUUAGCUGUACCAUGACUUCUCUGAACACUGUUUUCAUUCCUUUCAUUGCCUUACAACAGAGCACAGAAUCAAUAUGAAACCCGCCUUUAGGCCGUGUUUGCAUGCUUGAUCGCAUUGAACCAUUUAAAAAUAGAAGCUGGCUCGCCUGUGGGCUUGAGUUUUACAGUAGCCUAGCAGGAUGUCAUCCCACAAUGACCGGUCAUGCACUGAAUUGGUUGCAACCUGCUGCUUUAGGUAACCUCUUGGCUGAAAGGUUGUGUGCAGUGUACCAGGGAUGGGUGCACCUCAGAAGCUAGUCCAAUUUUGCCAGCGGUGUGGCGUGUAAGGCCCACUUGCAACUGCAAACUCGUGUGAUAAAGUACCACCUCAGGUCAUGCCAGCUGUUCCUGUGCAUAGAAUGGCGUGACUAGUUCGUAGCCGUGUGUCUGUGUAACUGAGCGCGAGUUGUGAAACAUUUAGUUUAGCGUUGUCUUUUAAAAAAAUGUUGACCUUUUUGCUUGCCUUAGCAGCAGCUUGGCACAGUGGGAGAAAGCAUCUGCAUACAAAGUCUUUUUUUUUGUGUGUGUGCUGAAAGUUUCUAGAUAGUGUAAUGUGUAUGUUGCCAUGCUGUUUGAUACAUGUUGUGUACAGCAUCUGCUUGGUGUGCAGCUGUCAAGCUGUUUUUUUUUUUUUUUUUUUCAUUGGUUUUGCUCUUCUAGCCAGAUUUUAUAAGGAUAUUUCGUGCAUGUGCAUGCAUAUGUUGAACGAUUGAGACACUAUAGUUGGGUACAACUUUAGAAGGCAGCGGCAUUUGCCCCCUCAAAGGCGGAUGAAUACGAGCCUCUACCAAUGGACGCGCACUAAAGACUUGCGUCAUGAGCCAGACGGCUGGUGUCCCUACCGACGGAGAACAUGGUAGCCCGCGCUUCAAGCCGGGGCGAGUCACGAGAGGCGACUAUUCUUUACUCGCGGAGGAAAUCGGCUGCUGCGCUUCGGUCAUCUGGGCGGGGCCUCUCCUGUCUUCUUAAGUUGUACCCGACUGUAGUUCAUUCUGAGUGGUAUACUUUGUCUACAGAAAUGAUCCGUGGUUUGUGAAAGGCCAAAACUUUGAUGUACGCCUGCGCUAGGUGUUCUAUAUGUCACAAUGUCUUUUUUCUUCUUUUUUUCCCCUCUUACAACAGCAGUGCACUGCAAUGUUUAGCUGAGAGCCUUUUGUGGCACAGCUAGCUGCUUGUCAUUCUUUGUUUUUAGGCGACAGUUUUGCAAGAUGUUAGUCACUGCCUGCAUCCUUACUACAGACCACUCAUUUAGUGAACAAAUUUUUGGCCUAGGCCAUAUUGUUUGGAUGUGCUUGAAUAAUACUGUGCUCAAGCAAUGCCUGAUUAGUGUUUUACUAGUGCUGUAGUUGUUUUAUUGCUGCGAGUCUUCAGCGUAUGUGUAUAGUUCAUGCAUUUUAGAUGCUCACACGUUUUUUGCCUGUACCGAGUUCUGUGCAAUGUAACAUUAUUAAUAUGGAUGUGCCUUUAAUAGGAAAGACCUUUACUUUACAGAACUAAGGCUUGUUUAGAAGAUGGAGUUGUUUGGCUUCUCUGGACAAAUGAUUUCCCAAUAAUUCCGGGGAUCUGUGAUCAUUCUCAGGUUUGCUAUCCAGAUUUUGAAUGAGAUAUUUCAACUAGUGCCGUCAUGUCACAAUGCAGAUACACAUUUAAUGAACACAUUGGCAGGAAGCGUUUUGAACAAAGUAACAAGAUAGGGACGAUUUUUCAUGCCUUGCCAGCAGCGAGCUUGCGGCCAUCAAAAACCUUUCGGUCCCAUGUCCUAUCAGUCUGUUAUGCCGAAAAUUAAAAAAAAGAAAAGACUGUGUUUUCAAGUUAGCUCGACGUAGGAGAUGCCUUUUAUACAUUUUCGAACGAAUGAAACGCUUAUCAGGCCUCAAAUGCAGAUAUCUAUAAUGUCUGUGUAUUAUAUUGUAAAUUUCAUUUCUAUGUUUAUGAUUACCUGCAGAUAAACACUUUAAAAUCUCCAGUAAUGCUGCUUUUCCGUGCAACUGCAGCUCCCCACUGUCUGUCUUGCUCGCUCCAAUUCUGUGGUGAAAACCAGAAGCUUGCAAGGGUCCGUGCUUGUAAACGGCAAGAUGGUCUAUAUUCCUGAAACAGUGGUCACAAAUGGAUGCCAAAGUAUGCAUUGUUGCUCUUGUAGUAACUCUUGUGAUAAAAAUUGAAGAGGUUCAACAUCCUAACGUAACACAGGCUGAGAGAUGCUGUAAUGCAAGUGUCUUGCAUUAAUUUUAAUGUUCCUGUGGCUCUUUUUAAAAAAGUUGGGAAAAGGUCGAGUGGCAGGAGUAGGCAGCGUCCUACUGGUCUCCUCGGCCAUCCGAACCAUUCUGAAUAGACACAUAUACUCACUUCUCCAAGCCUUAAGUGACACGUAAUCGCAUAACAAAUCUGAAUUGCUGGACUGUUUUUAAUAAGAAAGCACUUUGAAAUAUAAUUGUGCAGUACUAUUUCUUUUUUAUUUCUUUUCUGGUUCUCCAGUCAGUAAAGUUAUGGCUCUGAUGCUAGUGUUUCUGAAUGCUGAUAGCAUUGUCCUUGCCUCGUGUGCAACACUGCCUUAUUUAAAUUUAAUUACAUUGUCGUUAGAGAUGCUAAAGGUGUGCAGUGCCCAUAGUCUGGUGGCAGUGCAUUUAAUGCUGACUUGGCAGGCCAUUUUACUCAAUAUGGGUGUCUGUCUGAGCUGUGCAUUUUAAAUUGAAUCCGCUUUUUGUUGCUGUUAUGCUGCUGGAUUCUGCUAGUUUUAGACAACACAUUCAGGCCUUUUAAUCAUUGCGAACUGUGGAAGCAUUUCAGUAAGCAGCUGCCUUCAUUCCACAAGGAUAGCAUUUAAAGCACAAUAAGCAGUAAGCCAAGGCGACAGUUUUAUAAAGUUUUGCAGUGCUUGUUGUGUGAUGGCUGCGAAUUAUCAUGCAUGUAUGUACAUUUUUUACAUAGUUCAGCGGCACCUGUUAUGCCAGUGCUUUGUUAAUAGCUAAUGAAGUGCUUAGCAGUGACUUCUUUUAUUAUUAGUCUGGAACAGGUUGCUGUUCUAUUUUAGCUUUAACAGCCCCUGUGUCCAUCCUAUUUAUACAUACUAAGUUUUGUUGGUCCACAAGCUGUUAGCAGGACAGAUUAUGGAUCAAAUACCAGGCACAACAUUUUACAAGCAAGUUUAUCUGGUCAGCAAGUUAGCGUCCGACCUACCAAGAUCACACAUGGACAUCGUAUUAAGAAGUGUUCAUAAUACAGUGUCAUUAUCAUGGUUAUUUCAUCCGUUUUGCUUUUACUAAGGUAAAAAUACAGUGCGAGUUUAUUGAUUUCAUUAGUAGCCAUUCCUUAUUGUGAAUUCUAUUUAACUGCUUGCUAAGGCUCAGUGUACUUUGAUUUGUUUACUGGUGUGUAGCAUGUGGGCAAACCUUGUAAGAUUUGGAAUGCUUUACCAGGAAUGCAACAAAGUCUUGGGAAGCUGAAUGACAAAGGUGUCAAAAGUGGUGCUCUUUACAUUGAUCGUGACCACAUGCUUGAUUUGCACUGUGUGUGGUCUUCAGCAUAAUUGAUGUUGACAUAACUUUUGUCAAAGAUAUUUGCCGACAUGUCAUUGUUGUGAAGUUUUUAUUUCGUAUGUGUGCCAUAGGUGUGCGAUAUCAUAUAGCAUUGUGAUACCUGUCAAAAUUGUGUGCUCUCUUUUUUCUGGUGCGAGGUUGUAUGUACGAGUGAGUCAAGAAAAUGUAUGUGUGUGCAUGAGAAACUCUAGUCGUAGGGCUUUUGUACUUGGGGGGGAAGAAAGAGAAAUAAAUGGAGUGUGUC